CACUGCCCCCCCCCCCCCCAUUUCCCCUCUCACACCCAACCAUUCAGCUCUCAGACGCCAGGGCCGUGGGGAUGGCCUUUUUAGGAGACACCUGAUCACAGUGGAGUGGAACAGUGCCCGACACACAGAAGCCCUGCUGGACUGUGUGAUGCCUUUGUGUGUACGUUGGUGUGUGUGUGUGUGUCAGCACUUUGCCGAGAACUGACAGACUCACAGAAAACUCUGAAAGACUUUAAUCAGGUGGUGUGAUUAUGAUGAACAGAAGUCAGGUUUUCUGUCGGAGGAAUCCUCUAGAUCCCAGGAAGACUCUCCAGCAGGAGGACUUUUAGGCUGCGUGAGCCAACGGCAGCACAGACCAGUAUCAUGGAGAAAUUUAAGGCAGGCAUGGUCCUGGGUGGUGUCGGAGAUGCUCUGGGCUACAGGAAGGGUCGAUGGGAAGGAUGCACGUCGGGCAAGAAGAUCCAGGAGGAGCUGGCCAGUCUGGGAGGACUGGGGGCCUUAAAACUGGAUCCUGAUAAUUGGCCCCUGAGUGAUGCAACACUGAUGCACAUGACCACAGCCGAGGCUCUCAUAACAGAUUACUGGUGUUUAGAGGACCUGUACCGGGAGCUGGUGCGUGUCAAUGUCGAGGCCAUGGUUUCCCUCCAGGGCAGAGCCCCAGAUCCAGCUACAGUGGAGGGCUGUGUUUACCUCAAACCUCACAACUACCUGCUGGCCUGGCACACACCCUUCAAUGAAAAAGGGUCGGGGUUUGGUGCCGCUGCUAAGGCCAUGUGUGUGGGUAUGAGAUACUGGCAGCCUGACAGGAUCAACAGCCUGGUGGAGGUCAGCGUGGAGACCGGCAGAAUGACCCACAACCACCCCACAGGUUUCCUUGGUUCUUUGACCACGGCACUGUUUGCAUCGUAUGCGAUCCAGGGCAAACCUGUUGUAACCUGGGGCAGGGAGCUGAUGAAGGUCAUCCCUCGGGCUGAGGAGUACUGCAGGAAGACCAUACGACACAUCGCUGAGUACCAGGAAAACUGGUUCUACUUUGAGGCCAAGUGGCAGUUUUACCUGGAAGAGAGAGAGCUGGAGGAGGAAGGACAGAACAAGCCUGCGUUUCCUGAACCCUACGAUCCUGAUGAGACGGACAAGAUGUACAAACGUUGGAGUUCAGAGGGUCGUGCGGGCCGCAGGGGUCACGAUGCCCCCAUGAUCGCCUACGAUGCUCUUCUGGCCGCAGGCAGUGACUGGGCUGAACUGUGCAAGCGGGCCAUGUUCCACGGAGGUGAGAGUGAAGCCACAGGCCUGAUCGCAGGCUGUCUCUACGGCCUCGUCCACGGACUGAGCAAGGUUCCCUCUGGGCUGUACCAGGAUCUGGACAAAAGGGGGCGUCUGGAGGAGUUAGGAGAGGCUCUGUACAAGAAAGCAUCUGCAGAGAAAUGCACAGACAAGUAAUAUUGACCUCCACUGGCCUAAAUCACCUUCUGGCUAUCAACAGAACUGCACCUGACUCUAAAAU